GUUCGUGUUUGGGAUCGUGACUCAUUUGGGCCUUUCAAAAUCAUCGACCCUGACGAUCUUAUGGGCCAGAGUAGAAUUUAUGAUGUAAAUCAAUUUCCUCUCAUUUUUUUGCUUGGAUUUGUGUGUUUGUAUCUAUGCACACGCUUUCCUUGCGUUUUUCUUUUUAGGGUAACAUUUUCCAACGAGGAUGGUCGUUUUCAACUAGAUGGCUGUGGUGAUGACUUCGACUGGAUCCCCGGUCUUAACAACAAAAUCGAACCAUAUAUUGAGAUCCGCCACUUCUGCAAUAACGACGAAGGCGAAAUUAUCACAUUGCCCCAAUUCAAGGUGUUCGUUCCUGAAACUUACGAUGUGGGAACUAUAGUCCUGGAUAAACCUUCGCAGACAACGCAGUCUCCCAAGCCAUAG